AUGCUCUCUCCCAAUGAUACUCCAUCUCACCCAUCCUCCUUCUUGUUGCUGGGGAUCCCAGGUCUAGAAACUCUUCACAUCUGGAUCGGCUUUCCCUUUUGUGCUGUAUACAUGAUCGCACUCAUAGGGAACUUCACUAUUCUGCUGGUAAUCAAGGCUGAGAACAGUCUGCAUCAGCCCAUGUUUUACUUCUUGGCCAUGUUGGCUACCAUUGACUUGGGCCUCUCUACUGCUACCAUCCCUAAAAUGCUUGGGAUCUUCUGGAUUAAUCUCAGAGAGAUCAUCUUUGAAGACUGUCUCACUCAAAUGUUCUUCAUCCACAAAUUAACAGUUAUGGAAUCCACUGUCCUCCUAGCAAUGGCUUAUGACCGCUAUGUGGCCAUCUGCAAUCCACUCCAGUACAACAUCAUGCUCACCAACAAGGUUGUUUCUCUGAUUGGUCUUGGUGUGUUAGGGAGGGCAAUUAUUUUUGUCAUUCCACUUGUGUUUCUAAUUAUGCGAUUGCCCUUCUGUGGGAAUCAUGUCAUUCCCCACACUUACUGCGAGCACAUGGGACUUGCUCGUCUAUCUUGUGGCAGUAUCAAGAUCAAUAUCAUUUAUGGCUUAUGCGGCAUAUGUAAUCUUCUGUUUGACAUCAUAGCCAUUGCCUUUUCAUACAUACAGAUACUUCGAGUUGUUUUCCAAUUCCCAUCUCAGGAAGCCCGACUCAAGUCCCUCAGCACGUGUGGGUCUCACGUGUGUGUCAUCCUUGCCUUCUACACACCAGCUCUCUUUUCCUUCAUGACACAUCGCUUCGGCAGAAAUGUUCCCCGCUAUAUUCAUAUACUCCUGGCUAAUCUUUACGUUGUAGUGCCACCAAUGCUCAAUCCUAUCAUCUAUGGGGUCAGAACCAAACAGAUCUAUGAUCGUGUGAAGAAAACACUGUUGCAGAGACACAUCAUGGAAAAGGAAUAG